GUGACCAUAUUAUGUUGUUUCUUGUAAAAACACCUGCAAAAUAAGCAAAUGAAAUGCAAGAAUAAACUAAAUAAGUUUAAUGAUAUUUAAGUAAAAGUUUUUCCGAGUUUAAUUUCAAAUCCCAUAGAAGUUUAAAUAACUAAAUAUUUAAAAUCAAACAAUUUAUUAUAUUGUUAAAUUUUCCCUAUUUACAUAAUUAUUUUUUAAAAAUUGUUUAGAAAUGGCUGGUGUUUUAUUUGAAGAUAUUUUUAAUGUAAAAGAUAUAGAUCCUGAAGGAAAAAAGUUUGACAGAGUAAGUCGUCUACACUGCGAAUCCGAGUCCUUCAAAAUGGAUCUUAUUUUGGACAUCAACAGUUGGCUUUAUCCUAUGGAAUUAGGUGAUAAAUUUCGUUUGGUCUUGGCGACAACUCUCCGCGAGGAUGGCUACCCUGAUGGUGGCGAAUGGAAUGCUUUGGAACAAGAGGGUGGCUCGCGAGCUGAUAGCUUCGAGUACGUUAUGUCUGGCAAGGUAUAUCGGAUAGAAGGAGACGAGGCUAACAACGAACCCAGCAGUAGACUAUCUGCUUACGUUUCCUUUGGAGGAUUACUGAUGCGAUUGCAGGGUGACGCAAAUAACCUACACGGCUUCGAGAUCGAUCAACACAUGUAUUUGCUAAUGAAAAAACUAGCCUUUUAAACGUAAGGUCGCUUAAAAAAAGACGGAUCAUGGUUGCCACAUUGUACCAUAAUUAUGCCAGUCUAGCAUCUUUUGAAGAAAAGAUUAAUGUGGCCUUAUCGACGUUGCAAUUCUUUUAUGUGCACUUCUUGUAAAGUUUAAAAUAUUCUGAAGUUUAAUUUUUUAUACUCAAAAAUAAUGUAAUUAAUUUUAAUAAAGAAAUCUUUGAAAUAUAA